AAAAAAAAAAAGCCAUCAAAUGUGAUUGUCAUCAAUGUCUCCAAUUCCUCUCUUUAUUCACAAUAAAUCUUUGCUUGCUUCAGCCAGUGGCCACAAAAUCAAUUAAAUGUCAACAGGGCAACGCAAAAUUCCACCCAUUAUUGAUAUUAUACAUAUUUUCAUGUUCUUUUCUCUGUGUGACAAAAUUCUUAUUCUAAAAUAGUCAUCCACUAACUCUAUACGUAUGAAACCAAACAAACAAUUUUUGUCACACUUUGAUUCUUUGAUUCUUCAGAGCCAUUUUUCCAAACAUCUAACUUCAAUAUUGCAAGCUUACGCUCACAUUCGUUGCUUGCAUUACCUCUAUUCAUAGAUAUGGUCGAGCAAUUGUAACCUGCAUGAGAAAAGUUCUAUGGAUAUUCUUUCUUCAUUGAUCAUUGUAGCUUGUAUACUUAUCCCUUCUCUCAAAGUCUCCAUAGCAGGUGAUACCAUAGUUCUGUCCCAGUCCAUUAGUGAUGGCAUGACCUUGGUUUCCCAAGGUGGAAAAUUUGAACUUGGUUUCUUCAGUCCUGGGAACUCCAACAAUCGUUACCUUGGAAUUUGGUACAAGAAUAUCCCACAGACAGUUGUUUGGGUUGCAAAUGGAGCCAUCAAUGAUUCUUCAGGCAUCUUAAUAGUGAACAACACAGGCAACCUUGUCCUCAGACAGCAUGAUAAGCUUGUUUGGUACACAACAUCCGAAAAAAAAGCACAGAAUCCAGUGGCACAGCUUCUGGAUUCAGGGAACUUUGUGGUAAGAGAAAAGAGUGAAACAAACUCAGAAGACUAUUUGUGGCAAAGCUUUGACUACCCUUCAGAUACAAUACUUCCAGGGAUGAAGUUGGGAUGGAACCUCAGAGCAGGUAGGGAAUGGAGAAUGACAUCCUGGAAGAGUCCUAAUGAUCCAUCACCUGGAGACUUCUAUUGGGGUUUAUUGCUCUAUAAUUAUCCUGAGUUUUAUCUGAUGAAGGGAACAGAGAAGUUUGUGAGAGUUGGACCAUGGAAUGGCUUACAUUUCAGUGGUAUACCAGAUCAAAAGCCAAACACCAUUUAUGCUUACAACUUCAUAUCCAACAAGGAUGAGAUGUACUACACUUAUAGCAUGGAGAAUGAUGCUGUGAUCUCAAGAAUGAUAAUGAAUCAAACUUCUUCUAUGUAUUUUCGAUACGUAUGGAUAGAGGAUGCACAAAAUUGGAAGUUGUACAAAUCACUGCCAAAAGACAACUGUGACAAUUAUGGCAUAUGUGGAGCUUAUGGAACUUGCGUAAUUACAGGCUCCCAAAUAUGUCAAUGCUUAGCAGGGUUCAGUCCCAAGUCACCAAAAGCAUGGAACUCAUCUGACUGGAGGGAAGGAUGUGUACGGAAUAAGCCAUUAAACUGCACUGAGAAGCUCAAGGAUGGAUUUAUGAAAGUUGAAGGUCUUAAAGUGCCAGAUACUACGCAUACUUGGGUAGAUCAGACAAUAGGUCUGAAAGAGUGCAGAGUCAAGUGCUUGAAUAACUGUUCUUGUAUGGCCUAUACUAAUUCAGACAUAAGAGGUGAAGGUAGUGGUUGUGUCAUGUGGUUUGGCGAUCUAAAUGACAUUAGGCAGUUUGACAAUGAUGGGCAGGAUCUGUAUAUUCGAAUGGAUGCUUCAGAAUUAGGAGAACAAGAAGGGAACAAAAAGGAGGUGAUAAUAAUUGUUGCUACUACCAUUGCUAUAAUUUUUGGGAUGCUUUCUAUUGGUUGUUAUUGUAUCUGCGCCGCUCGGCACAGCAUAACAGAAUCUUCUGAUAUUAUACUUGGAGAAUAUAGGGGAGGUAGUGAGGAUGAUCUCGAUCUCCCAUUAGUUGAUUUUUCAAUAAUAGUCACUGCCACAGAAAACUUCUCAAUAAAGAACAAGAUUGGAGAAGGAGGUUUUGGACCAGUAUACAAGGGAAGAUUAGUAAGUGGACAAGAGAUUGCUGUUAAGAGGCUUUCAAGAACAUCUGGACAAGGAAUGAGAGAGUUCAAGAAUGAAGUAAAACUGAUAGCAAAACUUCAGCACCGAAAUCUCGUCAAGCUUCUUGCUUGUUGCGUUCAAGAACAAGAUAGAAUGCUGGUUUACGAGUACAUGACUAACCGUAGCUUGGAUUGGUUGAUUUUUGAUGAUACUAAAAGCAAACUGCUAGAUUGGCCUAAGCGCUUCAACAUUAUUUGUGGAAUUGCUCGAGGUCUUCUUUAUCUUCAUCAAGAUUCUAGAUUGAGAAUAAUUCAUAGAGACCUAAAAGCAAGUAAUGUUUUGCUUGAUGCUCAGCUAAAUCCAAAAAUAUCAGAUUUUGGCAUUGCUAAAAUGUUUGGAGGAGAUCAAACAGAAGGAAAUACAAAGCGAGUAGUUGGAACUUAUGGCUAUAUGGCACCAGAAUACGCAGCUGAUGGUCAUUUUUCUGUGAAAUCGGAUGUUUUUAGUUUUGGUAUUUUGUUGCUAGAGAUUAUAAGUGGAAAAAGAAGUAGAGGAUUUUAUAUUGAAAACCACUCUCCUAACCUUGUCACUCAUGCAUGGAGUCUAUGGAAACAGUGUAGAGCUUUAGAAAUGGUUGACUCUAACAUAGAGGACUCUUGUAUUCUAUCAGAGGUAUUGCGUUGCAUCCAUAUCAGUCUCUUAUGUGUCCAGCAACAUGCAGAGGAUAGGCCUGCCAUGCCUUCUGUGGUAUUAAUGUUGGGUAGUGAGAGUGAAUUGGCAGAGCCAAAAGAACCUGGUUUCUAUGUAAAGAAUGAUGACGGUGCCACAACUUCCAUCUCAGGCCAAACUGAUAUAAUCUCAACCAAUGAAGUAACUAUCACUUUAUUAGAAGCCAGAUGAAAAUUGAUUAAAUUAAAACCAAAUUACUACAUUGGUCAUGUGAGUACAUAAUACCCAAGAAACUUUCAAUUAUAGACCGAACAAACUGAUAUGUAACCUAACCAAUAGUAGUUUUUCUUCUUUAAUUGUUCAGGGAAUGAUAUUGUACAAAAGAGGAUACAGAGAGGAUUGUUCUAUAAGAAGUAGUAACAACAAUGAUGAAAAGUCGGCACGAAAUGCCAUGUUCUUA